CAACAAAAGGUUUUCACGCAAUGGUGAAUGAAAAUUACGUACCCUGACCUUAUUCGAACCGACAGUGGUAACGCCUCUAUGCAGAGGUUUGGCUUCGAGAAACAUCUGGAAAUCCAAAGGCAGUGACGACAGAGCGCGAGAAUUGCUUAUUUGGUAACAGCGAAAUCGCAUUAUUCACGUAAACUAACAGCGAUUGUCAGCGAGAACGCACACGCAAUGUCAGUGACACUUCAUACAAAUCUCGGAGACAUCAAGUGCGAGAUCGCUUGUGACGAGGUCCCCAAGACGGCUGAGAAUUUUUUGGCACUAUGUGCCAGCGGCUAUUAUGAUGGGACAGUAUUUCACCGAAACAUAAAAGGUUUUAUGAUCCAAGGUGGAGAUCCAACAGGCACAGGCAAAGGUGGGACCAGUAUAUGGGGCAAAAAGUUCAAUGAUGAAAUAAGAGAAUCUCUCAAGCAUAAUGCACGGGGAAUACUGGCAAUGGCCAAUAGUGGGCCUAAUACUAAUGGAAGUCAGUUCUUUUUAACUUACGCAAAGCAACCUCAUCUGAAUGGAUUGUACACUGUGUUUGGUAAGGUGAUUCAUGGAUUUGAAGUUCUUGAUAUUAUGGAAAAGACUCAAACAGGACCAGGGGAUCGACCUCUUGCAGAGAUCAGGCUAAAUCGUGUGACAAUACAUGCUAACCCACUUGCUGGCUAGACUUAUUUUAUAGCAAAAAACUUGUAUAACUUGUUUCUGCCUAGUAUGCAUUAAUCCGAAUGUGAUGCUGCUAUUGGAUGUGAACUUUGGCUGCCGUCUUGUACUCGUAGAUUUGAACUACCGGUAAAUAACUCUAUUGUUGUUGCCUGCAGAAUUAUGUAUAGCAGGAACUCAUAUAGAUCCUGAAAUUUCCUUUUAAUUGGUGAAUUAUGUAUGACUACUGUUUACUACUUGUCAGGUGGUGAAUCAAUUGCCAAGGGUGUUUUUUUUUUAGACCA